AUGAAUGAAAAUAUUGAGAAGGAAUUUAUGGAAAAUUUAGCAGUAGCUGCAACUACACCAGCAACAUGGGUUAUUACAGCGGGUCUUAACAACGGUGUGGCAAAACUAAUAGGAGAAGGUGUUUCACGUUUUCGAGCACUGUCUGGCAAACAAGCAAAUGCUAUUCUGCUCGGUAUAGCUUGGUGGAGUAAUCUUUCGAUGAAGACACGAAAGAUACUUUCAAAAAUGCGCGAUGAGAAAUCAAGACUAAGCGAGCAAACGAAACCUACUGAUACCCUGUUUUGUUUUCAUGAUAAACAUACUCAUGCAUUAGAAAAAAAUCACACACAUUUUCUUCUAUUGGAUGAUGGUAAAUAUGAAUGUAAAAUCGAUCACAAUCAAUAUCCAAGUUCACAUAUGACUAGUGGAGAUCAAAGAGUCAAUCGUGCUAUAGGAAGUCAACAACAGAAACAGGGUUGGAUUGGCACUAUUGGAAAAAUGCUUGCUAUUGCUAACUCUAUUUAA